AUGUGUCUUCAACCUUGCCAUUUUUCUACCAAUCACAUCGAUUCAAAGCUUCUCAUAAUGAGCUCACUUCGUAACUCCACCACCAUGCAAGUCAUCCGGCCAAAGGCGAAGACGUCGCCGACAGGCGCAAGGGCCUUGCGCCACUUCCAUUCCACACAACCGCAACCUUGGCUCGUCCCCGUGGGGUUGGCGUGCGCGGGGUUGUUUGUUGGAACGCGCUACAUCCUGCGGGCCCAGGAGCGCGUGCGACGACGACGAGCUGGUCUGCCGGGCGAGGGCGAUGAGGGCGAAGAUACUGACGAGGACGCAUCAUCUCUAAGCAAGAUACAGCAGAUACUUGGAGUGGAUGUGGGCUCAUCAAAUCUGCGCGUGGCGGCGGCCUCGCUGCUGGAUUUUGGGCACGAGGCGCGGGUAAUCGAGAGCGCGGAUGGACUGCGAGCGACACCUGCGGCGGUAGCGGUGGACAAUGGCAGCGUUUCGGUGGGAGCAAUUGCCAUGGCGCUGCAGGGACGAAAGCCGGGCCACACAGCGACGGCCACAAGGUUGCUGCUCGGACCUGCCACUAAAGAGAGAGACGAGGUCAUCAAGAAGCUGCCAUAUACUUUGCAUCUAAGAGGAGAGACGCUGGAGCUAGAGCUAGAUGGGAAAACUUACAGUCCUGAGUGGGCUACGGAGAUCAUGUUGGACCAUUUGCACACGACUGCAGCGGCUUCAUUGGGAGGAGACCCGAUUGAGAAUUUCCCUGCUGUUCUUGCAGUUCCAGCUGGAACUAAUGAGCACGAGCGUGCAGCGUAUGAAAAAGUUGCGAACAGCGCAGGAUUUACUGUGUUUGCAGCCAUUGACGAGCCUGUGGCUGCUCUGCAUGCUGUGGAGGAGUGCGCGAUCCAGGAGCUGCGAAAUCCUGAAGUAUUGUCGGCGAAAGGUCCGAUUGCAGUGUUCGACAUUGGUGGGUAUGCAUCGACCGUGUCGUUGCUUCAGAAAGAGCGUCGUAGUGGCGGAUUCAGGCUGCUCCACACGCUGUCGACCCAUGCGGUUUCAGGCCACCGAGUGAACGACCUUCUGUUCCGGUCCGUCGUGGAAAAGUUUGAACAGAAGCACGGAAUUGAUCUAUCGGUAGACUACAUGGCCAGUUAUCGCAUUCUAGAGGCUGUGGAAUCUGCCAAGAUCGAGUUAUCCAGUCGCGUGAGCACUGACAUCAAUCUGCCGUUUAUCACCGCUGACCAGAAGGGCGCCAAGCAUUUGGUUCAUAAAGUCACAACAUUUGACCUUGCGCGGAUUCAGGAAGGCCCCGCAAGGGAAGCAAUCGCGCUCUGCAAUCAAGCACUGAACGAGACCGGCGUAUCAAAGGAGGAUCUCAGUGCUUUGGUGCUUGUCGGUGGAGGCGUAAAGUCCGAAUUCAUGCGAGAACAGCUCGAAACCUUCUUCAAACAAUCUGCAUUCAACACCAAAAACUUUCGGCCUGAAGAAGCUGUGGUCCUAGGUGCCGCGGAAUAUGGCCGCAAGUUAGUGCAAGAAUACUAA